UUGUGUUUAUUUACAUAAUACAACUUAUAUUAUUACGUCUCGUUACUCAAUUCAUUGUUUAUUUCUUUUUCUUAAAAUUGAGAUAUUAUUUGGUCAACUGAGUUGAGAAAUAUAACGUUUGAAUCCUAAUUUAUUUUAUUUGUCGUAAAGAAACGUACAGAAAAGAACUCGGACCUAUCAGUGCAAGCUCGUAAAACUGCAAACGAAUUAUUCAAUCAAAAAAACCAUGAUGAAACCAUUCAUAAAAAUACACUCUUUUAUUACACAAAAUGUAUUGCACUUGCUCCUAAAGGAAGUGAAGAAUUAGCUCUAGGCUACAGUAACAGGUCAGCUUUGUUAAUGCACUUGAAACGUUAUCAAGAAUGUAUAAAUGAUAUUAAUAAGGCAAGUGCAAUUACAAAAUCAGUUCAAUUAAAAUAUAUGCUUCAAGAUGGUAAAAAACAGUGUUUAGCACUGCUGCACAAUAUAGAAAAAAAUCAAAUAUACUUAGAAAAUUUGAGUCUUAAUAGCAGUGAAGAUGACAGAUCGUCAAUAUUUCUUACACCUACAAUACAUUCUGAUGUAAUUCCAGAUGCUUCUAAUUCAAUAACUUUACGCUAUAAUGAUAUUUUUGGCAGACAUUUUAUAGCAACCCGGGACAUAAAACCUGGAGAAGUUAUUAUUAAUGAAAAAGGCUUUAUUUGUUUUCCGUAUACCAAUCAGUUAUAUCUUGUUUGCUCUCAUUGUUUAAAAUUUGCAUGGAAUGCUAUUCCAUGUGACUAUUGCAUUUAUACUGUUUAUUGUAGUGAAGCUUGUGAGAAAGAAGCUUGGCAGGAAUAUCACAAUGAAGAAUGUUCUACUCUUCCAUAUUUCCAUCUUCUCACCACAAAAGUGAAUAUUGUUGAUGUAAUGGCCAUAACAAGAUUACUAAUUAAAGCUAUCAAAAAGGAAGGUCUUGAUAAUGUAUUGAAUGAAGCUAAGAUAUCUAAAUACACUAAUAAACAACAUCACAACAGCAUAAAUAAGAUAUUAACAGAUGGAAUAUUACGUCAUGACAAAUUUAGGUCAUACUAUAAUUUAAUGUACAAUAACAAUAGAGUUCCAAAUAAUGAUAAAGAUGAUGCUGAGCAUUAUGAGUCAGUUGCUAUAAAUUUAUUAUUCAGAUUUACAAAUCUUAUUCGUCCAAAAGAAAGUGUGCUUAGCAUCAGUUUUGAUGAAGAAAUAACACUCAUUGAAUUAAAGGAUUUAUUUGUAAAAUUUAGGAAUAUUUUCAACACCAAUGCAACUAUGUAUCAAGGAGUUAUUUGCAACUGUUCAAGUGAUAUUGAGUGCAGUGAAAAUUGUCCUACAAAAAGAGGAUUUGUAAUUGGCCCAUGCAGUAGCUUAGUGAAUCAUAGCUGUAAUCCUAAUGUUGAAAAAAUGUGUGUUCCAUAUGGAAAAAUAGUUUUAUUUGCAACUGCUCCAAUCAAAAAAGGCGAUCAGAUAUGCCAGAGUUAUGGUCCAAUAUUUACAACUGAAAAAGCAAUAAGACAAAAAUUUUUAGAAGAACACUUCUUCUUUUUCUGUGAAUGUACAGCUUGCUCAAAAAAUUGGCCGACUUACGAAGAAAUGAACUUUUGCAAAGAUCCUAAAACUGAUCAUAUCAUCAUGCUGAAAGUUCGUUCUCAAAUUGAAAAAGAAUUUAUCAAUGAAAACAUAAGUUCAUCUUUCAAUAAAAUAAUUGAACAGUCGGAAUUUGAUAUGGAAACUUUAAAACAUGCCAUAAAAUUUUCAGAGUGGGUGUAUGAUCAUUAUGAAAAUGGGAUGGCUUUUAUGAUGAGUAUCACAUAUAAAACAUAUAUUAAUACAGCUUUUUAUAAGCUUUUUGGAGAAAAAUGUAUUAUACCAGCUAUAUGCUAAUGAUCAUAAAAGAAUUAUCACUUUGUAUAUUUUUGGAAAAAUAAUAUAUCUUUUUUAGUUUAUUAUA